AUGAAAAUGUGGCUCUGGUGUUUGGUGGUCUGUUUGGUCCUUGGGACCCUGCAUUCCGAGGAAUCCAGAGGGAAGCUGGCACCUGUGGAUCCUGAAACAAAUAUGAAUGUGAGUGAAAUUAUCUCUCACUGGGGAUUCCCUAGUGAGGAACACCUAGUUGUGACAGAAGAUGGAUAUAUUCUUUGCCUUAACCGAAUCCCCCACGGGAGGAAGAACCAUUCUGACAGAGUCAUCAAAUUUGCCUGGAGCGAGCACCACGUGGCAGACUCAGCAUUGGGUGCCACGGAGGCUGCAGUGAAUGAGACGGACCGAUGGCUGCCUUCUUGUUGCUUAGCGAUCAAAGUGACCACCACUGCGGCUGGUGGGGCGAAUGGCAUCCUGAGGAUGGGGUGUUUUUCUUCCCUGCUCUGUGAUCCCGGCACUAUUGUGUUUCCUUUUGCCGAGGGUCACCCCCUUUCCAGCAGGGUGACUGUGAAAUGUCCCAAACCAGUUGUGUUCCUGCAGCAUGGCUUGCUGGCAGAUUCCAGUAACUGGGUCAUAAACCUGCCCAACACCAGCCUGGGCUUCAUUCUGGCAGACGCGGGUUUUGAUGUGUGGAUGGGGAACAGCAGGGGAAACACCUGGUCUCGGAAACACAAGACCCUCUCAAUAGACCAAGAUGAGUUCUGGGCCUUCAGUUACGAUGAGAUGGCAAAUUAUGACCUACCAGCUUCAAUUAACUUCAUUCUGAAUAAAACUGGCCAAGAACAAGUGUAUUAUGUGGGUCAUUCUCAAGGCACCACGAUAGGUUUCAUAGCAUUUUCACGGAUCCCGGAGCUGGCCAAAAAGAUUAAAAUGUUUUUUGCCCUGGCUCCCGUGGCCUCAGCCCAGUUCGCUACUAGCCCUCUAGUUAAAUUAGGACGAUUUCCAGAUCUUCUCAUUAAGGACUUAUUUGGGGUUAAAGAAUUUCUUCCCCAGAGUACGUUUGUGAAGUGGCUGAGUACACACGUUUGUACUCAUGUCAUUCUGAAGGAGCUUUGCGGAAAUGUCUUUUUUGUUAUGUGUGGAUUUAACGAGAGAAAUUUAAAUAUGUCUAGAGUGGCUGUGUAUGCCACACACUCUCCUGCCGGAACUUCUGUGCAAAAUAUGUUACACUGGAGCCAGCUUAUUAAAUUGCAGAAGUUUCAAGCCUUCGACUGGGGAAGUAGUGCCAAGAAUUAUUUUCAUUACAACCAGAGUUACCCUCCCUCUUACAACGUGAGAGACAUGCUGGUGCGGACCGCUGUCUGGAGUGGGGGGCAGGACUGGCUCGCGGACGUCAGCGACGUCAAUGUCUUACUGACCCAGAUCUCCAACAUGGUGUACCACGAGCACAUUCCUGAGUGGGAGCAUCUUGACUUCAUCUGGGGCUUGGAUGCCCCGUGGCGGCUCUAUAGUGAAAUGAUAAAUCUAAUGAGGAAGUAUCAGUGAACGCCAGACUGGAGACAUUUACUGUCAAGUCAUGUUAAAUUUGUUUGCUUAAUUUCUCUAAAUAUACUUGUUUUCCUUUCCCAGGCGUUUUGUAUUUUUAUAUUCAAGAAAACUAUGCCGUUGAAGAUGCCCAGUUCUCUCCAGUUAGGAUAAGAAAUGCUUGUGCUUUUUCUGUUUAAU